CUGGAGCCGAUCGAACAAAGCAAAGCGGCCGGCGAAAUGGAAGUCCUCCUGGUUUGCUUGCUCUGCCUUCUCCUCACCAUUAUCCUCCAAUAUGUCCUGGCAAGAAGAAAGGCUACUACGGCCAAACUCCCGCCGGGCCCUGCCAGGCUUCCGAUCAUAGGCAACCUCCACAAUCUGGGCAACCAACCCCACCGAUCACUAGCCGAUCUAGCCAAGAUCCACGGUCCGCUGAUGACCUUAAAGCUCGGGCAAAUCACCACUAUCGUGGCUUCUUCCCCAGCCAUGGCCAAAGAAAUCCUGCAGAAGCACGACCAGGUGCUCUCCAACCGCAAGGUCGUCCUCGCGGCGCAAGCCCUGGACCACCACCUGCUGGGCAUGGCGUGGCUCCCCGUCGGACCCAAGUGGAGGAACCUCCGGAAGAUCUGCAACUCGCAUCUGUUCAAUACCCAGAAGCUGGAUUCCAACGAGGAGCUGCGGAGGGAGAUGGUUCGGGAGCUCGUGGAAGGUGUUCGACGAAAUGCCUCUGAGAGGCCAGGGGAGGCGGUGGAUGUUGGGAGGGCGGCGUUCAGGGCUAGCUUGAACGCCGUGUCGAGGACGAUGUUUUCGUUGGAUCUGGCGGACGACGAGAGGUCGGAGGCCGCCAGGGAGUUUAAGGAGGCUUCGAGGGGGAUCCUCGAGGAAGCCGGGAAGCCCAAUUUGGGAGAUUAUUUUCCAUUUCUGGGCAGGUUGGAUUUGCAGGGGAUACAGAGGCGGUCGGCUGCUUAUAAGGUCAGGGUUUUCGAUAUGUUUGGAAUGCUGAUCGACGAGCGGCUGCGGAAGCGGAAGUCGGAGAGCUAUGUAUCGGCCAACGACAUGCUUGAUACGCUUCUGGACAUUGGGGACGACGACGACAACCGCAGUCGGGAGGAGACGACCAUGGAUCCACUUCGCAUCAAGCAUUUGUUCUUGAAUCUAUUUGCUGGUGGAACUGAUACAACUUCAAGCACACUAGAGUGGGCAAUGGCAGAACUACUUCGUAAUCCUUACGCGCUUGCUAAAGUCAAAGAAGAACUUGACCAAGUGGUUGGAAAAGGAAAUCAUAUUCGAGAAUCAGACAUCCAUCGACUUCCCUAUCUACAAUCAAUUGUCAAAGAAACUCUGAGGUUACACCCGGCAGUUCCACUUCUAAUCCCUCGCAAGGCAGGAGCAGACGUGGAAAUAUGUGGCUUCACAGUUCCCAAAGGUGCACAAAUUCUUGUCAAUGCAUGGGCUAUAGGCCGAGAUCCAUCAAUAUGGGAUGAUCCUGAUUCCUUCGUGCCAGAAAGGUUUUUGGGGUCAGAGGUAGAUGCAAAAGGAAACUACUUUGAGUUGAUCCCAUUUGGCGCCGGAAGAAGGAUAUGCCCUGGAUUACCUUUAGCAACAAGGAUGUUGCAUAUUAUGUUGGGUUCAUUCGUACAUUGGUUUGAUUGGAAAUUACCGGACGAGAUCGUACCAGAGAUGUUGGAUAUGGAGGAGGCGUUUGGAAUUUCUUUACAGAAAGCCAAAUCCUUGUUUGUUGUUCCGACACCAAGAUGAAACCAUGAGAAGAUGGUAAAACCAAAGAUGGCAGCAAUGAAUCGCAGAGCCUGGCUAAUCCAAUAGCCAACAAAGGGCAGUCAGCCUUUGAUUUUGGUUCUUGUAAUUUUUGGGUUGGUUUUCUUAUAAUCUUGCGGUUGUUUGUUAUACCAUUUUGGGUGGUUCUUUUACUAUUUGGAUGUUUUUUCUUUUUAAACUCUUUUGGUUGUUUCUUGGACUCUUGUGACAAGUUGUUGUACUCUUUGGAUAUUUAUUUUUAGGUAAUUAUUUGCAUGUGCCAUUUGAUAUUAAAUGAGUCAUUUUUCAACAAAGAACUUAAUCCACCUCUUUUUCUGUGAAUCCAGUACUAACUCUUCUUUAUUUGACUUCAUAAUCCCAAAAAA